UUUCUUGUCAAAUAUUUUAUUUAAAUUUGUACUUUUUUGUCAAUUACUUUUUUUUUUGUUAUUAUUAUUAUUAGAUAUAUGAGCUCUGUUAAUGAUUCAAAUCAUAACAUGUGUGAAGAAAAAGGAGAAAUUAAGAGGGGCUUAGAUAGACAUAUAUUUAGCAGCCAAGAAUCCAAAUCUUUACCUGUUGAAGUAAGCUCAAAUACAAGAGUAGAACCAACAGUCAAUAAAAAUAAUAUGAAUGUACUAUCAUAUAAUGAAAAGAUAAAUCAAUCAUUAUCUUACAAACAGCAUUGUAUACAGUGUUUUAAUUGUCGUCACCAACUAAAAAAGAUGGGUUCAUAUGUUAAGCAAAAAAUGGCUUUUAGAUCCAGUGUUACUGUUGACCCACAUUUAUAUUCUCGAGGGCAGAAAAGAAUUAUAUUAAUAGCUUUAGCGCUAGGUGCCUCUUUAAACGGCUUUUGUUCAACAGUUUAUUUUCCAGGUAUACCAGACAUCAAGUCCGAGUUGAAAGCUUCUGAAAUUGAAAUAACAUUGGUAUCUUCUUUAUUUAUUCUAUUCAGUGGAAUAGGACCCAUUUUUUGGGCUUCAAUGUCAGAUUAUUAUUUUAUUCGAAGAUUCUUGUAUCUUGUAGCAUUAUUAGUAUUUAUUGGAGCUUCUGUUGGGUGUGCAGUAUCCAAUAAAAUAGGGCUAUUAAUUGUAUUAAGAUGCUUUCAAUCUUUUGGAACAUCAGUUACCAUGUCUGUAGGUGCUGGAACAGUAUCUGAUUGCUGGCAAAUUACAGAGAGAGGAUCGGCAUUCAGUGUUUUAUUUGUUGGUCAAUUCUUAGGACCACUUGUUGGACCUAUUAUUGGAGGUGGUAUUACAUCUAAAACAGGAUGGAGAAGUGUUUUCUGGAUUUGUGCAGGAUAUGGCAUUUUUUUGUUUUUAUUUUUUUUCUUUUAUUUUCCUGAAACUUAUCGUCUAAACCAUCAUUGGGAUAAUGAGCAACAGAAACCUUCUGAGCUACAGAGUCAGGCGACUUUAAUCAAUGGUUCGUCUCCAGGGAUUGUAUUAACUGCGUUACCUCCAUCUUCUUCUUCAGUUUCUCAAACUGUACCCAAUUCUUCAUCAUCAAGCUUUAUACAACAAAAUAAAGAUAACAUUGCUAGCUAUAAGGCAGUAUUAAAAGAAGGAAAAAUACUUAAUUUAUCAGAAAAUAAUAGUAAUGAAGAAGGAGCCUAUCAUGUUAUCGUUCCUUCCACUAGUACAAAUACUAUAGAAAAUAAGAACAAGUAUGAUACUUCAAACAGAAUAUUUAAUCCAUUCAAAAGUUUUGCUAUGCUGCAGUAUAUAUUUGUCUGCUUUGUAGCUAUUGAGAUAGGAUUUUGCUUUGGUACAAUGUUUACUUUAGAAACACUUAUUCCCGAUAUUUAUUAUACUCACUAUCAGUUUAAUUCAUGGCAAACAGGUCUAAGUUUUUUAGGUGCAGGUCUCGGGAACGUGAUAGGCUCAUUAGUCUCAGGACAACUCUCAGAUUAUUUUCUGAAAAAAUCUAGUGAAAAACGAGGCGGAAUAUAUAAAGCAGAAGAUAGACUUACACCAAAUACAUGGCCAGGAGGUUUUUUCUUGAUACCUUUAGGUGUGUUAAUAUUUGGAUGGAGCAUUAUGGCUGGAUUUUCAGUUUGGCCUGCAAUCAUAGGCUUUAGCAUUUUAUGUUUUGGAAUGAGUCAAGUCUAUACAGCAGGGUCAGCGUAUUUAGUAGAUGCGAUUCCUGGGAAAGGGGCAUCAGUUACAGCUGCUUGUAACUUUUUAAGAUCAACGAUGGCAGCUAUUUUAAGUUUGAUAUCACCUAUAAUGGGUUCUGCAUUAUCUAUUGGUUAUGUAUCUAUACUCUUGACUUCUCUUAAUGUCAUAGGUAUGAGUUUAUUAGUAUAUAUCAAAUUUAAGGGUAUUUAUUUUAGAAGAAAAGCUGGAUUUGCUCCACCAAAAGUAUAAACAAAAAAAAAAAAAUUACUGAUAAUAAUCAAUGAUCUUUUUUCUUUAUUAUUUAUAAGGGAAUAAAAAAAUUGCAAAAGUCUUUAGUUUUAUGAAUAUUUAUAUGUAUCCUUUUUUUCGUCGUUGUUAUUUAUUUUUAUUUUUUUCAGCAAGAGAUUAUUGCCCUCAGAAUAAAGGUAUGAAGUUAUUUACUUCUUGCAGCCACAAGAGGAACAGGUACAGUUCGAACCACAGUUACUGCAGCAUUUUCCACCACCGUUUUGCAUCUUAUAUUUGUAUAUGAUUUAUGAAAAAAAAAAAAAGAAAAGAAA